GCAUCCUCAGAGCAAGUCUUGGUUAUUUAGAGGAAGCUACAGUCACAACAAUGUGCUUUGCUGAAUGAAGGUGCUUUGACGCUCUAUUUAGCCACCCAGACCGAGACCCCAGCAUCUCAUUCCUUCCAAUUUGCAUCCCGAGUGAAUCACCGAGGACCAGUCAGACAUGACCACCUAGCCACCGCUGCUGCUAGUCUGACUGAGAUGAGGUUGUCGAUGGUAAGAUGCCAACUGUUUGAAAGUUAGCCAACUUCAGCCACUUACAGGAUUGCUCCACAAUAUCACUCUGCCAAACUGAAGAUGUUGAUUUGAUCAGGAGCCAGUGACCACUGAUGUUCUGACAUAUCUCUUGGCCCAGCCUCAAAGAACCCUCCUACUGAAGGUGUCCCAUCCCAUUCAGAUGAGAUCUUGGCAGAGCUUAUAACGAUGAACAGCAAGCAGUGAGCUUGAGGACGUGUCAGAGAAUGCUCCUGAUCCGCGCGGCCCAGUGCUGAGGGAGCCAGCUGGUGCCCACCAUGUCUCACCACCAACAUUACCAGCGAGGCCCCCAGGGCCGCACCUUGAGCUCUGAGGAGAGGACCUCCAUGCCAGUCAACAAGAACGCCACACCAGUUCACAAGAGUGCCUCCUCCUCUUCCUCUUCCCAGCGCGACAGCCGACAGGAGGCAGACAGCUGGGAAAUCAUUGAGGGGCUGAAAAUCGGUCAGAGCAAUGUCCAGAGGCCUGAUAAACAUGAGGGUUUUAUGCUGAAGAAACGGAAAUGGCCCCUGAAAGGCUGGCACAAGCGUUUCUUUGUUCUGGACAAUGGGAUCCUGAAAUACUCCAAGUCGCCCAUUGAUAUCCAGAAAGGCAAAUUGCAUGGCAGCAUUGAUGUCGGCCUCUCAGUGAUGUCCAUCAAAAAGAGAGCCCGUCGUAUCGACCUGGACACUGAGGAGCACAUCUAUCACCUGAAGGUCAAAUCUCAAGACAUCUUUGAUGCUUGGGUGUCCAAGCUGCGUCAUCACCGGCUCUACCGACAGAACGAGAUUGUGCGAUCCCCUCGGGAUGCCACCAUGCGAACGUUUCCUCCCCCAGCUGCCGUGGAGACCCCCCAACCAGCUGCAAGCAUGGUACAUGAAGCCAAGGCUAAGCCAAGCAGUUUCCCAUGGACUCCGAUGGCCCCCAGCAGUAGCAGCAACAGCAGCCUACCUGCUUCCUAUAGUAAUGGCCAGAGCAGGGUGGCUGCUUGGCUGCAGGAAUCAGAGGAGAUGGACAAGUGUGCAGAGGAGCUCGCACGAUGCCAGUUCAACCUGACUGAGCUGAGUCAAUUAUUGCAGAGUCUGGAGAUUCUACAAAGGACACAGUCAGCGCCCAACUUCACAGAUAUGCAGACCAAUUGUGUAGAAUUGUCAAAGAAAGAAAAGCGCAUGAACAGAAGAUGGAGAACAAAAAGUGUCGCCAAAGAUGCUAAAUUCCGGCUUCAGGUCCCUCUUUCUUCCAGCAUGUCCCCUGUCCGCCUCCACUCAUCCAAUCCCAACCUGUGUGCCGAACUGGUGGACUAUCAGCCCCCUGUCUCCCGGUUGACAGACAGCGUAGAGUGUGCCAGUGACUAUAUUAAACUUCAGGAGGAAUUCUGCACUAUUGCCCAGAAAGUGCACUCCCUGCUGAAGUCAGCCUUCAGCACCGUGGCCAUAGAGAAAGAGAGGAUCAAACAGAUUCUGUCUGACCAGGAACAGCCGGACCAGUCAAUCCAGAUCACCUCCCUCAGGAAGUCUUUGUCACAGGCCCUGUCCCAAAAUGCAGAACUGCGAACUCGACUCAACCGCAUCCACUCUGAAUCUGUCCUGACUGAACAAGUUGUCAGCGUGAACAUCAUCUCCAUGCCUGAUGAGGCUGGGGAACAGAUGGGGAUCCCUCUGACACAGCAGGCCUCUAAUGAGAGCCGGCUCUCCAUGUCGGAGUCUGUCUCCGAGUUCUUUGAUGCCCAGGAAGUGCUUCUGUCAGCCAGCUCCUCUGAGAAUGAGGGCUCAGACGAUGAGUCAUAUGUCAGCGAUGUGAGCGAUAACAUUUCCGAGGACAACGCCAGUGUGACUGAUAACAUCUCCAGACAAAUGGCCAACGGGGACUUUGCUGGCAGUGCCUUUCGUAACGGGCGACGCACCUGCUUGCCGGCGCCGUGUCCUGACAUCAGCAACAUCAACCUCUGGAACAUCUUGAGAAAUAACAUCGGCAAGGACCUGUCCAAAGUGUCCAUGCCUGUGGAGCUCAAUGAGCCUCUCAACACACUGCAACGUAUGUGUGAAGAGCUGGAGUACAGCGAGCUGCUGGACAAGGCUGCUGAGACCGAAGAUCCCUUCGAACGCAUGGUUCUCGUUGCUGCUUUUGCCGUCUCAGGCUACUCAUCCACUUACUACAGAGCAGGAAGCAAGCCAUUCAACCCACUACUAGGAGAGACAUAUGAAUGUAUUCGGGAAGAUAAGGGCUUCUGUUUCUUCUCGGAACAGGUGAGCCACCACCCUCCCAUCUCCACCUGCCACUGUGAUUCUAAGAACUUCACCUUCUGGCAAGAUGUGAGAUGGAAAAACAAAUUCUGGGGAAAAUCUAUGGAGAUUUUACCCAUAGGAACUGUGACGCUCAUAAUUCCCAGGUUUGGAGAUCAUUAUGAAUGGAACAAGGUCACCACCUGUGUGCACAACAUCCUGAGUGGACGACGGUGGAUCGAACACUAUGGGGAGAUCACCAUCAGAAACACAAAGAGCAGCGCUUGCCUCUGCAAACUUACCUUCAUUAAGGGAAAUUACUGGAGUUCUAAUGUAAAUGAGGUUCAAGGAUUUGUGAUGGAUCAAGAGGGGAAAGUGAUCCACAGGCUUUUUGGAAAGUGGCAUGAGGGCCUUUACUGUGGUGUCCCACCUUCUGCCAAAUGCAUCUGGAGGCCAGGCUCCAUGCCCACAGACUAUGAGCUCUACUAUGGCUUCACCAGGUUUGCCAUUGAACUGAAUGAGCUUUGCCCUGAACUGAAAGACAUCUUGCCACGCACAGAUGCCCGAUUCAGGCCUGAUCAAAGGUAUCUGGAAGAAGGGAAGUUGGAGAUGGCAACCUCAGAGAAGCAGCGUAUUGAAGACGUGCAGAGAGCCAGGAGGAAGUGGAACGAGGAGAACAACAUCAAACAUGAGCCACGCUUCUUUAAGAAAGUGGUUGAUGGCAAUCACAGGGAGAGGUGGGUCUCCAACAACACAUACUGGGAGCUCCGCAAAAACCCCGGCUUCAUCAAUAUGGAAUCUACAGUGAGCCUGUGGUAGCAUAUGGAAUCCUACAUCCAUCAUAUCGUCAUCACAGACAGGAAGGCUAUCACCUAUGCACAAUAAGGUCUUAAAAGAAACACGUUACAGAUAAAACAUCCGCGUGCAUGGAUACGAGCGACCACAGAGACAAGGGAUGGCCUGAAGUCCAGCGACCCUAAUGAGGUCAUGCAUAUGAGGAAACAUCAUGUAGGAUCACUCUCAUUGUGCUUGCCAAAGCUGGGUUGUCAGGGCAACAACUGUACCACUCCUGUGUAGAUCCUUCCCCAGCUCCUUUGACUUCUGAGUAUGUCCUUGCCUUAAAAAGACAAGUCACAUGAUUUAGCGCUUUUUAAUUGAAGCCAUUUGAUUUCUGACAGCCGUUCGGGUUAGACUAGACUACGAAAAGACAUUUUGAUUACCUACAAUACCAUGCAUGUUUAGAGAGCAGCUUUCACUGAUAUAAAGCCGUUCUUUACGAUAUUAUCAAUUAUUGUAGAAAAAAAAAAGUAUUUUUAUAAAAUAUCUUGGAACUCAAUCUAGUGAAAAAGAGUACUAUGAAUUGGCAGAUUGUAUUUAUUUUUGCGUUUUAAUGCUGUUGAAGCUGUGUGAUAGCAGUGCUCUCUCUUGGGAAACGACUCAUUUAUAAUUAAUACCACCUGAAGUAGAGGAAGUAUGGCACCUUUUAAAGCUGAUCAGGUGCUGGAAGGAGAAGUAGCAUUAAAAUCUAAAUCCUAAAUCCUGGUGUUUUGGAGCCCUGAUGACAGAAGCAUCUACAGCCUACACAUCUUUUACAGAGGUUUUCUUUUUUUUUUUUUUUAACUGUCAACACAGAUCUGUCAGGAAUUCCGGUUUCUCCUCCCAGUGGGAUUCCUCAGUCUCACCUCCCCCAAACCAUAACAACUUAGCCAUGCCUCCUUUCCAUCUUCAGCGAUUGCCUUGCCCUGUCUCACGGUCUAAUUUUAAACACUGUUACAUGAAACCAGCUGCUGCAAAUCACAUGGUUACAUAAAUAAGUACAUAACUCCCUCCGUAUAUAGUGGACUGACAUUCAGUGUGUCCUCUCUGAAUAUGGUGAGAUAUACACCUUGGUUUCAGGAAAUGAUGGACUCUCAAACAUCGGGCACUUCUCCAAACUCACCUAAGAAAGGAUGGUGUAGUAAGGUGUUUUGAGUUUUAUAAAUAUACCUGAUUUGACAGAGAAACAUGAGUAAAACUUCACAAAACCAAACAUCUAUUGUACAUUCAUCCACAACUAUACAGCUGCAGGAUGCAAUUAAUUAACAUUUUUUAUAUAAAUCAAUAAUCUUCUGCCCAAUACAUUUACAAAUUCAUAUCACCAUUUACCAAAGCCCACAGCAACUUUAUUAAAUCUACAUCCUUACUCUGACUAACAACCAAAUAUUUUCUUUCAUAAUGGUAUGAAGCAAAGAGAAGUAUUUACUUUUCUCAUUUACAAAACUAUUAGCAGCAAAUGUUUGGUGGUUUUCUAGAUAAAUUAACUACAUUAUUAAUCAGUGAUCAACAGGAAUACAUGUUCUGAUCAAUGAAUUAAAUCAGUUAAUAGUCAGAACCCUGUGAAUCCUACAGCAAACUGCAAACCUUUAGUCCUUUAUGAAGCACUGGAGCCAUCUACUGGUCAUCCCACGUAAAUGCAGUUUAAAACCAAACAUGUUUUCACAGUAACAAUUACACUUGAUGAGCAUUAGAGCUUGAAUGUUAUUGUGUCUGAUUUCCCAGAGACUUUACUGCUAUGACGUGGGCUUCUGCUAAGCACCUGUUACUUAUCUGUAGUUUGUAUAUUUAUUGCAAAGCAGAUUAGCUUUAAUGUUUUAACAAGUGUCCACCCAAGGAAAGUAUAAGGCAGGGAUUUAUUUCAAAUCAACUCCAACACAAGCUAGUAGUCACACACUGUCCACGUGUGUGAGGGCAUAUUUAAGUUGAUUUCCCUCAUUCAGGACCUCGGAACGAGGGCACGGAAGGAGACGCAGAGUGAAUAUAAAUACAUGAGAAAGAAAACUAUGUGAAGCAAAUCCAUCCUGUGUGCACUGUUCACAUGGUACUGUAGUCUAACAAACCAAAAAGGGUAGUACUGCUUUGCAUCCACACAGUUUGUAAAUGUACUUUUAAUUUUAAAGUCAAUCACAAACUCAAUGCUUCGACUCAUCAGCGUCAGUUCCAGUUGCUGUGCCUUAAUGCAUUUAUUAAUGCCUCACAAAUACACUGCUGAUGAGAUUCCCCCAUGACAAGAAGAAGGUAUGCCGCUAACAAGUCAACUUCCGCACAUCCUCUAGACUCCCACCUGCCUAAAGUUGAAAAAUUGUAUAGAUAAACAGCGCUGACGGAUUAGCUGACUGUUGUGGAGGGAAAUGUUUUUGACAUUACAAGUGGGGGAGAAAAGGUUUAUCCAACUGUAAAAUGUUCUGCGCUGCUCUGCUACUCCAAGGUGUAACCAGUACAUUUUUGGUGAUCACUGUAAAUAUAGCACAUUUAGAAGAACGGUCACUUCUGCAAAAGCUGAUUCCUUUUUCCUCCUAGAUCGGUCAUAUUAAAAAAAAAAAAAAAAAAAAC